CACCACCUUUGAAACACAGAGACAGUGCAUUUGACAAGAUGAGGUUCCUGCUGCUUUGGGUUGUUUUCCUCUUUUCACUCAAUGCUGGAGUGUUUUCUGAUGAUGAAAGGCAAAGGCUGGCAGAGGAAGACUUACUGAACCAAAUGUUCUCUUCAAAGGUGAGCAAACAGACCCGUCCAUUUCAGCAGGACACUUUGAGGGAUGUUUGCAGGCAGAGGGGCCUCUGGAAAGAGCUGCUGCUGUCCGAGGAGACCCCUCAGCCCCAGAAGCGCUUCUUGCUGCUGCCUGAGGCUGUAGGUGGGCAGUACAACCUACAGAACCUUUGUAGGACUCUGCACCGCUCAGAGGUUGACCUAGAAUACCUCAAUCCACAUCAGAUAGAAAACAAUGAGUCUCAGCUAAAGCAGAAGUCGCCAUACAUCCUGAAACGGCACCUUCUCAGCAGCAAGUCCAGGAGGCCUUACAUCCUCAAACGGAGCAUCUGAUACUAUUGAGUCCCUGUAAU